AUGAACCGACUGCAUAUAUUGUCUUUGAGCCUCGUUUUGGCUAUCUUCUCUCAGACUAUUUAUGUCACAAGCGGUUUUAGAACAGGGGGUCUUGGAGAACAGCAAUUUGCAACACCAGGGGUGCAGGCCUUGGUACAAGCGAAUCGUAACGCUAUUAUUCGAAAGCUCCCUGAGGAUAUACUGCAACCAAUUGGACAAAUGACAGCUGUGGUAUUUAGAGAACAGCUGGUUGCAGGGACUAACUACUUCAUUAAGGUAAAACUUGGAGGAAGAGGUCGUCCCCAGUACAUACACGUGAGAAUCUAUGCAAACCUGAAAAACAAGAGCAGAGUGGAUGGGGUCAAAUUUGUCAACCAAUACGACCCCAUUGAAUUCUUCUAG